GACGUCAGCGGAGGACGCGCGGACGAACGGUGACGAAGGCGGAAGCGGCUCAAGGGCUGGCGUGGAGGCGACCUCCGCUUCCCCCAACUCAGCCGGAAUCAGCGCUGCCAUGGAGCUGCAAGAUAAUGAACAAGAAAUGGCAGCUUCUCCUCCUUCAGCCACAUCAGGGAAGUCAAAGCUGGACACAUUAACAAGAGAAGAUCUUAUCAAAUUUUCAAAGAAGCAAAUGAUGCUUUUACAGAAAGUGAAAUCCAGAUGUGCAGAAUUAGAAAAAGAAAUUGAGAAACUAAAAACAACAUCUGUGGCUGGAGGAACUGAUGAUAUUAUUCAGGCACUUACAGAGAAACUGAAUAUGGUUCUUUUGGAAAAAGCAGAAGCCCAGCAGCAGUGUGUAGCUCUGAAAAAAGACCAUGUGAAAAAACAGCAAGAAGCAGAGGCUGCUCUUGCUCAGGAAGAAAUAUGGCAGAAGAAGUUUGCCCAAUUGAAUACCUCUCACCAGAAGGAAAUUGAAAGCCUUAAAAAUGAAGGAUUAAUUGCACAGUCCAAAUUUAAUGAAACUAUAGCUACAUUGCAAAAGGAGCUGCAUAUAGAACUGAAAAAACAAGAACAGCUCACAGAACAGCUUAACUUCCAUACUAAUGAGCAUGAUGAAAUUAGAAGACUACAGGAAGAAAUCCAGCAGACAAAGAUCACUUACGAAGAGCAGAUCUUGAAUCUAAAGAAACAGAUAGAAUUUUCCAAUGCAUCUAAAGAGGAGGAAAUUACCAAACUAAAAAGUACUAUUGAAAGUAAUUCUAGACAGCAUCAAAACAGAAUUGAUGAGUUAGGUGAAGAGCUAGACAAACUGAAAACCUCUCACCAGGAUGAGCUAUCAGAGCUACUGCAAAAACUUGAAGCCUCUGCUAAAUUAUGUGAGGAGGAGCAAAUUAAAGUAGAUAAGCUAAAGCUGGACUUGAUAGAGCAAUACGAGGUAAAAGAGAAAGAGAUGCAGGUUGAAUUGCAUGCUUGUAAGGAGAAAUAUGAGCAGGAAUUGGAAUGCAUAAGGCAGACCUUGACUAAGGAUGAUGAAAAUCAAAAUGAGACUAGAAAUGCUGAAACAGAACCAGAAGUAAUAGAAAAGACUGGGCAUAUGGAUCAAGCUUUCAAAGAAUUGGAAUCUCGGCACAGUAUAUUAAGGGAUGAAUUAACUUAUAUGAACAAUGUUAAAAUGAAACUGGAAUUGGAAGUCCAACAUAUAAAAGAUGAGUAUUUUCAUGAAAAGGAAGAUUUGGAAUUCAAAAUUAAUGAACUGCAACUUUCUAAAGAAGAUCAUUGUUGUGUAAUAGAAAAACUGAAAUCAGAGCUCCAGUCGGCAAAAGAACUAUACGAAAAACACAUAAAAGAGAAUAGCCUCAAAAUCGAGGGUUUAGUAGAAACACACAAAAAAGAAGUAUGUGAACUGAAACAAGCUAUAACAUCAAGCGCAGAGAAAAAAACCCAGUCAUUUAAUAUUAAAAUACAGGACCUCGAAGAACAAUGUCAGAGGCAUAUAGAGGAGAAAGAAGAAGCCAUCGCUAGUUAUGAGAACUUGCGGGAAACACUGGUAACUUUGCAGACUGAAUUGGGGGAAUCAGCUGGGAAGAUAAGCCGAGAAUUUGAAUGUAUGAAGCAACAGCAGGCUUCUGAUGUUGAUGAAUUACAAAAAAAGCUCCGAGCUGCUUUCAAUGAAAGGGAUGUCCUCCGAGAAGAGGUUAGUUCUCUCCGUCAACAGAUAGAACAUUUCUCCUCCCAAAAAAAGGAGGUAGAAGAGUUCGGGCAUAAAAUAGGGACACUUCAAGCAGAGAAUGAGCAACUGCUUUGCUGUCUUCAUCAAAAGGAGUCUGACCUAAAACAAAUGGAAGAGAAAGAAAAUGAACUUUCCUCACAGAAUAGCAGCUUCCAGGACAAAAUGCAAGAUUCAGCUGAGAAAAUAGAAAACCUGCAGAAAAAAUGCAAAACACAACAAGAGACGGUAAUGGAACUUCAGCAAGAAGUUGAAGCUCUUAGCAUAUGCAACCGUCAAUUAAAGGAACAGGCAGAAGAGUUAGGAGAGAGACUGGAAGGCGUUUCUGGAGAAAAAGAAACAAACCAGGAGAAGCUGAUUAAAUUUGAACAACAAAUGGAAGCCAUGGAGCAAAGCAGAACAGGGCUAUUAUCUGAAAUAGAGGCUCUUAAAAGUGAGAACAACAAAUUGAAGGAAGAACAAGAUCAAGCAAGGCAGGAGCUUGACCGCUUGUCAUCUGAAAAAGGAGACUGGAAUCUAUCCAAAGAUAAAGCAGAGAGCCUAGAAGUGAAACUACAUAUGGCCUGUGAAGAAAAAAGCCAUUUGAUUAAAGUACUUGAGGAAGAAAAGGCCUUUAAAUCUCUUGUUGUUAGUCAGCUGCAAAGUCUCCAUGAAAAGAUGGGCUCCAAAUACCCAGAUGAAAACAAAGAAGAAGAUAUUAUUGGCACGUUGCAGGCUGCAAAUGAAUGUUUGGCAAAAAUGAAGCAAGACGAACAAACUCUGAUCUCUGAGAAAGAUGAAAAUGUUAAUCUGCGGCAGGAAUUGCAGAGAGUCCAGGAAGAAAAUGAAGCUUGUUGUGCAGAAUUAAGAUCUCUGUUGGAUGAUUAUGAAAAAGAAAAAUGUCUCUUAAAGGAGGAAUUGGAAGGAGCUUUCUCAGAAAAAGAAGUACUUCAGCUUGACAUCCAAGAGUUGAAACAUACCAGUGAGAAAAUCAGCAAGGAGAACCAAGAUCUUCUAGUUCAUAUAGAAAAUAUUUCUGAACAACAUGCAAAUCAAGAAAACAAAAUGAAAGAGCAGGAAGAAAAAUCGGAAAAAGAACAGAAAAAUCUAAUCUUAAUUUUGGAGCAAAAGGAGACUGAACUGAAAAAUGUGCAAGCUGAACUUUCUUUGCUAAAGGAGUCUGUAGAGAAGUCUUCUGCUGAUCGCGAUCAGCAAUUAUUAGAAACAGAAAAAAUAGUAAAUUUGGAACAACAGCUGAAAGAGAAGGAAGAAAAAACAAAUAAAAUUAAAGCUGUUGCUGUGAAAUUGAGGAAAGAACUGGAAUCUAGCAGGAAAGAGGUACAGUCACUUAGAGAAGAGCUGGAAUUAAUAAAAUCAGAAAAAGAGCAACUCUCUUCUUCAAUGGCAGACAUCAUUCAGGGAGCUGAGAGCUAUAAGAAUCUUUUAUUAGAAUAUGACAAGCAAGCAGAACAACUGGAUUUUCAAAAGACUCGAGCUCGUAAUUUUGAACGUCAGAUUGAUGACCUGACCAAACAGUUGGAGAAUUCAGUUCAGCAGCAAGAACAGUGGCAUUCUGCAAAUGAAGACCUCUUGACUCGUGUUGAGACUCUUCAGACUAAUGUCAAGCUGUUAGAAACCCAACUGCUAGAAAUCCAGAAAGCCAAAGCGAAAGUGGAUAAGGAACUUGAAGCUGAGAAGCUUCUAAAAGAACAAAAAAUGAAGGACCAUGCUAACUCUGUCAGAGAAGUGGAAGAAUUUCAGACAUUACUACAGAAAGAAAAGAAGCAUCUUCAGAAAGCUUUGGAAGAGCUAGAAUUGGCAAAGAAGGAUGCUCACAAAAGUACAUUGAUGGAUAUGGAAAUAGCUGAUUAUGAGCGUUUUGUAAAAGAACUUAAUCAAAACAUUGCCGACAAAAGUAGCAGAAUUGAAGAUCUCGAGCAAGAAAUUAAAAUACAAAACCAGAAGAAAGAAAUUCUAGAGGAAGAAAUCAAAUCUUUACAGAACUCUGUACAGGAGUACGAGGAAAAGAAUGACAAACUCAAGCAAUUACUGGUAAAAACAAAAAAAGAGUUGGCAGACUCAAAACAAGCAGAAAAUGAACUUUUAAGAUUUCAGGCAUCUCUCAAGGGAGAACUAGAAGCCAAUCAGCAACAAAUGGAAGAUUAUAAGAUUCAGCUGUCUGAACAAACUUGCGAAAGACACAAAAUUCAGGAACAUCUGCGGACUUCACUAGAGCAGCAUCAGCGAGUUUUGAGUACUUACCAGCAGAAAGUAGCUGCCCUCCAAGAAGAAUGUAAUGCAGCAAAGAUUCUGUUGCUUCCACUCUACCAACCAAAAGUUUGCGAGAAAGAAGGAGCACUGACCUUCCUCUUCUUGACGUGCAUGCUGUAACUAGAGAAGAAGGUGAAGGAAUGGAAACCACAGACACAGAGUCUGUAUCGUCUGCCAGUACCCAUGUACCAUCCUUGGAACAGCUUCUCAAUACUCCAGAAAUGAAAUUUGAACCUCCACAAUGGGAAGCAGAACUUACAAAACAAGAGUUGGUCCAGAAGUUAAACACAACAUCAAAGAGUGCUGAUCACUUAAGUGGAUUGCUUCGUGAGUCAGAAGCAACCAAUGUCAUCCUAAUGGAACAAAUUAAGCUUCUUAAAAGUGAAAUAAGGCGAUUAGAAAGAAACCAGGAACGAGAGAAAUCUGUUGCUAAUCUGGAGUAUUUGAAGAAUGUUCUAUUGCAGUUUAUAUUUCUAAAAUCAGGCAGUGAAAGACAGAGACUUCUUCCAGUAAUAGACACCAUGUUGCAACUAAGCCCAGAAGAAAAAGGAAAACUUGUCGCAAUUGCUCAAGGUGACGAAGAGACCCUGUCCCAGGCCUCUGGAUGGGCAUCAUAUUUACACAGCUGGUCCGGACUCCGAUGAGUUUUCACUGUUCGGGCAUGCAAAAUCGGCAGCUGCACUGGGAAGAAUUUCAACCACAAAAAUGAAGCAUAUAGCCGGGUAACUCUUGUUUGGGGUUUUCCCACAACUGCCUCAGUUGUUUUUUUGUUUCUUUUUAAGAAAUAACAACAUUCGAAAUGACACUUGUUAAAAGACUUGGAGUAAUAUCUUGUAGUUUCCGUUUCUGACUCCCUUUUUAGGGCAAGUAUGGAGGUUUUCAGUAAACUUUCCUCCUUUUCAUUGACUGGUGAGACAAUUUUGCAUAGCAUACUUUGUGCGACUGUGUCAUUCAUGAAAAUGAAUAUGUAAGCUUUCACAGAGCAAAAUUCUGUACAUUGCACACACACACACACACACACACACACACGGGUUGGAAUUUCUGGCAGUAGCAGGCUUCCAUAAUUUGCUAUCCUCCACAGAAGAUUCAAUACAACUUCUAAAACAUUCAGCCUUGGAAUUCUAUACGUUGCAGUUCAAAACAUCUAGAGGAUAUUAACUUUGGCUGAACUACCACUUGCAUUCCUCCUUUUUAUCUGUCUAGGAGAAGUAUGAUUCAGUUUGGUGAUCUGUGGUAAGCCUAUCAUUGACAGAAAAUGCUGACUAGAGACUCCCUAUGCUGUCUGAAGCUUUAUUUCUUUAGUACCUCAAACUAAAAAGAGAGAGAGAAGAUUUUGCUGAGCCUUAAAAUGCUUAUUCUUCUGGAACUGGAAGCUGAAUGCAAAAAUAAAGUGAAUGCCUUCUGCACAUUCACUUUAUUUUAACAGUAAGACAUUUCCCAAGCUUAUUUAAUGAUUCUUUAGACUAAUAAUAUACAUUUUGUCUUGGGGCACUGCUUUGAUAGAUUAUUCCAUUUUCCAUUCAAUCACUACUUGAAAAAAGACUAAGAGCAAACUUUUAAAAAUCAAAUCAAAACAAAUAUGCAUCAUUUAAAAAUCAGUUGGAAACUGCAUUCUACUAUCAUUCAAAGGAAACAUUGAUACGUUGCUUAUGUUAGUAGUAUCUAAAGAUAAAAAAAUGAUGUUUUGCUAUGAAUGAUGAAUCCAAAAUAUAAUUGCUUGGGAUUAUCUAAGUUGAUGUUAGCCAAAGAAAAAAUAUUGAAAUGUAGUUUUUAUGGGUUUGUCAAGAUACCAUUUUGUCACAUCCAGAUUUACCUUUGUGACUCUUGUUCUUUAUCUGCAUUCUACUUCAGAAUUGGAUCUCUUUGUGUAAUGUGCACAAAAAAAGAUGCUGACAUGCAUAGAAGCUUGGAUUUAGAGCUCACAAAAUUUAAGAUCCAUUAAUAAUUUAAAAUCCAUUUAUUUGAAUAAAUGUGAUUGAAGCUGUUGGGGUUGGGGCAACUUAUUGUUU